AUGGCGGCGAACAUGUCAUAUCCCUAUGCUCGAAGUCUGACUUAUGUUGAGUUUCCAAUCAAGUUUGUUUGGAAGGACGAUUCUUCAAAGUGGUUUCCUCGAAAGAAAGGCUUCGCAAUUGGAAGGUUAACUCAUGUACCUGCAGAUGAUGAGAUUAAGCAGUUGUGCUUAAUGGAUAUAGACAAGAUCUUACAUUCCUAUGGUAAAACCUUGAAAGACUAUCCUCCUAUGCCUUUAGCAACUGAAGUUGAUAGUUCUUUGUUAACUAAAAUGGUUAUUAGGGAAGAGUUAAACUUUAACAGGGAUGAUUUAAAGAAAAAUGCCUUAGACAUGUUAGCCAUCGCAACACCUGAGCAGAGAUAUGCAUUGGAUGAAAUUGUUACAGCUGUGGGUGAUAUAGUGUUAAACGUUACUUCGAGUGGUAUUGCAUCUUUACUUCUUUCCAAUGGAAGAACGACACACUCAAGGUUCAAAAUACUGCUGAAUAUAAUUGAGGAUUCUGUAUGUAACAUCAAACCUAGUUCCCCUCAAGCAAUAUUGCCGUUGAAAGCCAAACUUAUAAUUCGGGAUGAGGCUCUAAUGGUUAGUAGGUACUGCUAUGAAGCGCUUGGUAAAUGCUUGGGUGAUAUCAUGAGGUGUUCUCCAACAUAUAGCAAAGAUUUGCCCUUUGGAGGAAAAGUGGUUGUACUAGGUGGAGACUUUAGACAAAUUCUUCCUGUCAUUCUACGAGGAUCGAGACAAGAUAUCGUUCAUUCAACCGUGAAUUCGUCUUACCUUUGGAAGUUUUGUCAGGUGCUCAAACUAACAAAAAACAUGAAACUCUCUGUAGGGACGACUGCUUCAGAUCAAGAUGAGACAGAGCAAUUUGUUGAGUGGUUAUUGAAAGUUGGUGAUGGUCUAAUAGGUGACAAUAUGGAUGGUGAAUCUGAGAUAUGUCUUCUAGGAGAUAUUGUUAUUCCUUCUUUGGACUAG